AUGGCUACCUCCCAAGGCUCUGCUUCUUCUUCUCCACCGUCAUCCCCAUCUCGUUCCGCUUCCUCCGCCGUUGAUUUCCUCACUCUCUGCCACCGCCUCAAGACUACUAAGAGAACCGGAUGGGUGAGGAAAGAGGUGGAGAAUCCAGAAUCAAUAGCCGAUCACAUGUAUCGGAUGGGAAUCAUGGCCCUCGUUGCUCCUGAUGUUCCUGGUGUCAGUCGAGACAAGUGUAUAAAAAUGGCAAUUGUGCAUGAUAUCGCUGAAGCUAUUGUAGGUGAUAUUACUCCGUUAGACGGUAUUUCCAAUAUUGAAAAGCAUCGAUUAGAACGUGAGGCCUUGGAGCACAUGGGCAAACUACUUGGUGGAGGUCCACGUGCUAAGGAGAUAACUGAUUUGUGGAAUGAGUAUGAAGAUAGCACUUCUCUUGAAGCUAAGAUUGUCAAGGACCUUGAUAAGGUGGAAAUGAUUCUUCAAGCUUUGGAAUAUGAAAAUGAGCAAGGAAAGAAUUUGGAUGAGUUUUUCCAGUCAACAGCAGGUAAGUUCCAAACAGAUGUUGGUAAAGCUUGGGCUUCUGAAAUUGUGAAGAGAAGGAAACAAUGA